CAGCACUUUUCUUUCAUUAGUGGGGAAGGAAGGAUGAAAAAUACAAAACAGCAGUAGGCUUUUAAAGUUUAAAUAGACAGGUCUGAGUGCCUGAACGUGCUCUUCCAUUUUACUUUAACCCUCCAAAGAAGUAUUCUGAUCCAGUUUCACUGCUGAUCAGCAAGGCCAGCAUCCUGUGAAGAUGGGUGAUUGGAGUGCCUUGGGAAAACUUCUUGACAAGGUUCAAGCCUAUUCUACUGCAGGAGGGAAAGUAUGGCUGUCUGUCCUCUUUAUUUUCCGAAUCUUGCUGUUGGGGACAGCAGUCGAAUCUGCUUGGGGAGAUGAACAGUCUGCUUUCCGGUGCAACACUCAACAGCCUGGUUGUGAGAACGUCUGCUAUGACAAGUCCUUCCCCAUCUCCCAUGUACGCUUCUGGGUUCUGCAGAUCAUAUUUGUGUCUGUACCUACCCUUUUGUACCUGGCACAUGUGUUCUAUGUAAUGAGGAAAGAAGAGAAGCUGAACAAAAGAGAAGAAGAGCUCAAGGUAGUCCAAAAUGAUGGUGUGAAUGUGGAUAUGCAUCUCAAGCAAAUAGAAAUUAAGAAAUUCAAAUAUGGGAUCGAAGAGCAUGGCAAAGUGAAGAUGCGUGGGGGGCUGCUCCGCACUUACAUCAUCAGCAUCCUGUUUAAAUCUGUCUUUGAGGUGGCUUUCUUGCUGAUACAGUGGUACAUCUAUGGGUUUAGCCUGAAUGCCAUCUACACCUGUGAGCGAGACCCAUGCCCGCACAGAGUGGACUGUUUCCUCUCUCGUCCCACUGAGAAAACCAUCUUCAUUCUCUUCAUGCUGGUCGUGUCCUUGGUGUCUCUUGCCUUGAACAUCAUCGAGCUUUUCUACGUGUUCUUCAAGGGUGUCAAGGAUCGCGUGAAAGGGAAAACCGACCCCUACUCCCACAGCAGUACCAUGAGCCCUUCCAAGGACUGUGGCUCCCCCAAAUACGCUUACUACAAUGGCUGCUCCUCUCCGACCGCCCCCUUGUCUCCCAUGUCUCCCCCGGGGUACAAGCUCGUUACUGGAGACAGGAACAAUUCCUCCUGUCGUAACUACAAUAAGCAAGCCAGCGAGCAAAACUGGGCCAACUACAGCGCAGAGCAGAACAGAAUGGGGCAGGCUGGCAGCACCAUCUCCAACUCACACGCCCAGCCCUUCGACUUCUCCGACGAGCACCAGAACGCUAAAAAACUGGCAUCGGGACACGAGCUGCAGCCCCUCACCAUUGUGGACCAGAGGCCUCCCAGCAGAGCCAGCAGCCGAGCCAGCAGCAGGCCUCGACCCGACGACCUGGAGAUCUAGGCUUCCAGCUGCAGUACUUGCUCAACUAUGAAACGACGUGCAUUGGAAGAUGCCGUCAGUACCGAUCGCGUUCCAGUGGAGGUGGUACUUAACAGUCACAAGCAGGAGAUUUUAACAAUCGUAAAA